UGAGGGAGGAGACUAGGUGGAGGUUUACAAGGCCAUUCAUUUUUAGUAUCUCAAACUCAAGGGCCUUAUCCCCUCUCCCUCUGCAUAUUUUUACCUUAUCCCUCUCCAAAACCCCAACCAAAAAACGCCUCUUCUUUCUUCUUCCACAACUUUCAUCCACCAUUUUGGUCUUCAAACUCAAAGCUCUACCAAUAUGGCUUCUAUUAUCGGUGUCUCUUCUAUGUACUCGGCACCCACUCUAGUAGAGUCUUACAGGAGAGUCUCGACUUGUACUUCAACUGCUUCAACGGCUUCUUCCUCUUCUACUACUAUUACUACUACUGCUACUACUACUUCUUUGCCAUUUCAGGAUAAGUCUCACUUUGGUAGUGCUUUGAGAGCUUAUAGCAAGAAAGGUGGGUCUCGACUGGGUGUUAGCUUGGUUGCUUCUGCCAUUGCUACACCCAAUUCGGUACUCAGUGAAGAGGCUUUCAAAGGGCUUGGUGACUUUGAGGAGGAUUCUCUGGAUGUUAGUGACGAGGAUGAGUAUGAGUCUGAAGGUGAGGCGGGUUCUGAUUCAGUCGAUGGAGAUGAGCUCGCUGUGGCCAAGUUGGGUUUGCCUACUCGCCUUGUUGAGACCUUGGAGAGACGUGGGAUUACUAGCCUUUUUCCUAUUCAGAGGGCCGUGCUAGUCCCAGCAUUAGAGGGUCGAGACAUCAUUGCCCGUGCAAAGACUGGAACUGGGAAGACUCUAGCUUUCGGAAUCCCUAUAAUUAAACGCCUCACUGAAGAUGAUGAACAACAAAGAGGUUCUCAGAGGCGGAGUGGUCGUCUACCUAGAGUUUUGGUUCUUGCACCAACCCGUGAGUUGGCAAAACAAGUGGAAAAGGAGAUCAAAGAAUCAGCAACUCAUUUAAGUACUGUAUGUGUUUAUGGUGGUGUGUCUUAUGUUACGCAACAAAGUGCUCUUUCCCGUGGAGUCGAUGUAGUUGUUGGAACCCCUGGUAGAAUUAUUGAUCUGAUAAAUGGUAAAAGCCUCAAAUUGGGAGAAGUUCAGUUUUUGGUUCUUGAUGAAGCUGAUCAAAUGCUUGCGGUUGGGUUUGAGGAGGAUGUGGAAUUAAUCUUGGAACAGCUUCCAACUCAGAGACAGAGUAUGCUUUUUUCUGCAACCAUGCCUGGUUGGGUGAAAAAGCUAUCGCGGAAGCAUUUGGACAAUCCAAUGACUAUUGAUUUGGUUGGUGAGCAAGAUGAAAAGCUUGCAGAGGGAAUCAAACUUUAUGCCUUAUCAACCACUGCAACAUCAAAGCGGACCAUUCUUGGCGAUCUUAUUACUGUGUAUGCAAAAGGUGGGAAGACCAUUGUCUUUACACAAACCAAAAGAGAUGCUGAUGAAGUCUCAAUGUCAUUAACAAAUAGUAUAGCCUCUGAGGCAUUGCAUGGAGAUAUAUCACAGCAUCAGAGAGAGAGAACAUUAAACGGUUUCCGGCAAGGGAAAUUCACUGUUCUUGUAGCCACUGAUGUUGCAUCUCGAGGACUUGAUAUUCCUAAUGUCGAUUUGGUUAUCCACUAUGAACUUCCCAAUGAUCCAGAAACCUUUGUGCAUCGAUCUGGUCGUACUGGACGAGCAGGAAAAGAGGGUUCUGCUAUUUUGAUGUUUACUAGUAACCAGAGGAGAACAAUAAGAUCCCUUGAGCGCGAUGUUGGGUGCAAAUUUGAGUUUGUCAGCCCACCAUCUAUUGAUGAGGUUUUGGGGUCAUCUGCUGACCACGUGGUUGCCACUCUUAGUGGAGUUCAUCCUGAAUCGAUCAAGUAUUUCACCCCCACUGCACAAAAACUUAUUGAUGAACAAGGAACAGAUGCUCUUGCCGCUGCAAUAGCUCAACUGAGUGGCUUCUCUCGGCCUCCUUCAUCUCGCUCUCUUAUCAACCAUGAGCAGGGUUGGGUUACAUUACAAUUGACCCGAGAUCCCGCCUUUGCAAGAGGAUUCUUGUCUGCUAGAUCCGUCACUGGGUUUCUUUCAGAUGUUUAUUCUGUAGCUGCUGAUGAAGUUGGGAAAAUUUUUGUUAUUGCUGAUGAAAGGGUUCAAGGGGCAGUUUUUGAUCUUCCAGAGGAGGUUGCAAAGGAGUUGCUAAGCAGAGAAUUACCACCUGGAAACACCCUUUCCAAGAUCUCCAAGUUGCCACCCUUGCAAGAUGACGGGCCUUCUAGUGAUAACUAUGGAAGGUUUUCUAGCAGAGAUAGAAGUAGGGGUCGAGGUUCUGGUGGACGAGGUGGGGGACGUAGUUAUGGAGGACGUGGAGGAGGUUUCCGAAGCACCAGAAGUUGGGACGGUUCUGAUAACGAUGAUGAUUUAUUCAGGAGUGGUGGUCGUAGCGUGAGAAAAUCUAACAGUAGCUGGUCUAGGAGCUCAAGGAGUGGUGGGGAUGAUUGGUCUAGGAGUUCUAGGGGCAGUAGUGAUGAUUGGUUGAUUGGAGGAAGAUCAUCAAGUAGGUCUCCAUCAAGGGGGGGAGGAGACAGAAAUUUUGGAGGUUCCUGUUUCAACUGCGGGCAAUCUGGGCACCGUGCAUCAGAAUGCCCGAGCAAACGAGGCGGUUUUUAAGUCCAACACUGACUUUUAGACUUGUGGAGGACACAAGGGCUUCCCCCUUUUUUGCCAGAGUGGUUCACAGAGACAGCAGCACACUACUUCUCAGUUCUCAGUGUUUUAGUUUGUGCUGCGCAAAUUGAUUCAAAAUCUAGAGAUGCCAUUCCAUACAGUUAUAGCAAUCAAGCUUGAACUAUCCUCUCGUAGAUAUCUAGUUCCCUAUAUAAUGUUUGAUUGUUUUCUUUUGACACUAAAUCAAUUUCCUGUGUUAAGUUAAUGUAGUUCUUUAAUUAUAGCUUUGACAAUUUCAAUAUACCCAACAUUAAAAUUCUACAAUGAUAUUAGUUUAAGGAUUCUAUAAAUAAUUCACUUAAAGUCA